ACAUAACCUAACCUUAUCUUUUCCAAAACAGUGGAGAAGCGCUCCCUUCUGGUCUCUCUCUAGGCAAACAAAAUCAUGGCAACCCUUCAUUUAUCUCCAUCUUCUUCCUUCAUUCUAACAAAACAAAAGCACCCCACCAGCACCAAGCUCCAUUUCUCUCUCUUUAGCCCCAGAAACCGCUUAGGCUCACACAGAUAUAGAUUACAAUCGAGCAUUGUGAGGUCUUACAAAGUGGUGAUUGAGCACGAGGGUGCGUCCACAGAGCUAGAGGUGGAGCCUGAUGAGACCAUACUAUCCAAGGCGUUGGACUCUGGUUUGGAUGUGCCUCAUGACUGCAAGCUCGGAGUGUGCAUGACUUGCCCUGCUAAACUUAUCAGUGGCUCCGUUGAUCAGAGUGAUGGUAUGCUCAGUGACGAUGUGGUGGAGCGUGGCUAUGCACUGUUAUGUGCCUCUUAUCCCCGAUCAGAUUGUACUAUUAAAACCAUUCCUGAGGAUGAGCUGCUGUCUCUGCAACUUGCAACUGCUAAUGAUUGAAUGUUGUAAUGGGUUAGAUGCUGAAUCUGAAGUUCUAAUUUUGUUCAUCCUGUGUUGUGAUUUUUAAUAAAAUAAUUCACAUGACAGUGAGGACUUUAGAUCGUUUUGACAUUCUAAUUAUCUUGAUUUUUUAUCCUAUCCUAUUAGGCCACUUAGUUGCUUGUAUUUCUGUAAAAUUGACUGGAUAUAUAAUUGGUCUGCCAUUUUUGUUAA